UUGUGCGCAUGCGCAAACGAAUUCCUUUUUUUCGGAAGGCAAAAACUCCGACAAGACUCCAGUAGAGAGAUUGUUUCUUUUCGGCCCAAGAGGAUCAUUUACGGAUAGAUGGACUUUGAAAAUAGAUUCACACAUGGAGAAUGAAGUACAGGACCUUGUAUGUCUAGUAAGACAUAAUAAAAUGGUGUAGAAGAACAAAAGAACAGAGUUAGUGCGUGUUUGUGGAGCUGUGCUGAUGACUCUGAGAUCUUUCUGAAUCAUCUGGGCUCAACUAGCGACGGUCAUGAAGUUCCUGUUGUUCUUCAGCAUCGGGUUCUUCAUGCUGGACUCUUGCAUGAGCCACACUUUGUUCACUUGCGAGCCUGUGCAUGUGCAGUGGUGCCACGGCAUGCCCUACAACUCCACAUUCUUCCCCAACAUCCUGGAGCACUACGACCAGGACAUCGCUGCAGAGAAGAUGAAGCAUUUCAUGCCUUUGGCCAGCCUGCGCUGUUCUCCUGACGUGCAUCUGUUCCUGUGCCAAGCUUUUGUUCCUGAGUGCAGGAAACACACGCAUGUCCUGCGUCCGUGCAGAGAGCUGUGUGAGCGUGUACUGUCUGACUGCAGCAGAGACAUGGUCACCUUCGGCAUCAGCUGGCCGUCUGAGCUGCAGUGUGACCGAUUGGAGUCAUGUCACGUUUCUCCAGACGGUUCUGUGGUUUCAGCUGUGGAAGUGACCACACCCAGAAGCUCUCUGUCCUCCGGUCGGGAUCUGGGUUUCUGGUGCCCCCUUCAGCUGAAGACUCAUCCUGGUCAAGGUGGAUCUUUCCUUGGGGCUCAAGACUGCGCUCCUCCGUGUGACUACAUGUACCUUAAACCGCAAGAAGUUCAGUUCGCCAAGACCUUCAUCGGCGUGUGUUCCAUUGUGUGCUUAUGUGCGACUCUUUUCACAUUUUUAACCUUCCUCAUUGAUGUGAAGCGUUUUCGUUACCCUGAGCGGCCAAUCAUCUUCUACUCCGUCUGCUACAGUUUUGUCUCUAUGGUCUAUUUUGUUGGUUUUCUGCUGGGUAAAGAAGCGGCCUGUAAUGAGCCGAGUCUGCCGGGCCGUGUGUGGACGGUUGUGUUGGGAGCCCAGAGUCGCGUCUGCUCGCUGCUCUUCAUGCUGCUGUAUUUCUUCUCCACUGCGGGAAUGGUGUGGUGGGUCGUGCUGACCAUCACCUGGUUUCUGGCCGCGGGGCCGAAGUGGAGCUGUGAAGCGAUAGAGAAGAAGGCGGUGUGGUUCCACACGGUGUCCUGGGGUCUCCCCGGAGUGCUCACUGUCGUGCUGCUGGUGCUCAAUAAGGUGGAGGGAGACGGCAUCAGCGGCGUGUGCUUCGUGGGCCUCUACGAUCUCACGGUCCUGCGCUGGUUUGUUGUGGCUCCACUGGCGAUCGCUGUGCUGGUCGGCCUCUCGCUGCUGCUCGCCGGCAUCAUGUCUCUGAACCGCGUGCGUCAGGUGAUCCAGCAUGAUGAGCAGAACCAGGAGAAGCUGAAGAAGUUCAUGAUCCGCAUCGGUGUGUUCAGCGGCCUGUACCUGCUGCCUCUGCUGGUGCUGCUCGGCUGCUAUCUGUACGAACAAGCCCACCGCAGCCGCUGGGAGAACAGCUGGAUCAGCCAGCACUGCCAGGAAUACAGCAUUCCCUGCUCCCGCCGCAGUAUUGAUGUGGAGCAGCCUGAGCUCACGCUGUUUCUCAUUAAAUAUCUGAUGACACUGGUUGUGGGAAUAUCAGCCGUGUUCUGGGUCAGCAGUAAGAAAACCUGCUCCGAAUGGGCAUCAUUCCUCAAGAGAACUCGCAAGAAAGAUCCCAUCAGUGAGAGUCGGCGCGUUCUGCAGGAGUCCUGCGAGUUCUUCCUCAAACACAACAGCCGUGUGCAGCACAAGUCCAAGCACUACAAGUCCUCCUCACACAAGCUGAAGGUCGUGUCAAAGUCCAUGGGCACCAGCACAGGCAUGCACACACCUGUCACCAGUAACCAUAGCAACACACCUGUCUCCACGGCAAUCCGCAAUCACUACAUUCCAAGCCAGAGCAUCUCUGAUCCACAUCGUUCCUCAGAGACGUCCGUUCAGGAGCACACUGAGCGCAUCAGACCAACAGCACCAGCUGAGAGACGCAGUAAAGCUGACAGUUCCAGUCGCAUCAGCAGCCACGCCGAAAGCUCACACAGGUUGACACCCAAAGAUGAUUUGCUGGAGGCUGACCAGAGUUCCGCCCACUGCACCAACGCCCAAUGAAAUCACAGGAUUGGCUUUGCAUCAGAAUGGAGCUUAAGGAGAGAGACUUCUAGCUAUGCCUUUAUCUCUCUCUGUGCAUUUGAAUUAUUGAAUCCGUUUCUCUGGAUGCUUUGUUUUAAUUCCUGUACACUACUGUAAAUAUGAGCUGCAUUACCAUUAUAACCCAAUGAUGAUUUUACUGACCGUAUCUAACUACAGUCAACAUGAAUCUAUCAGUUCUGUAGCAUUUUUGUAGGAACAAGAUUGCACACUUGUAAACUUCUCUAAGUGAUUCAUCACUGGAAUAGUCUUAACACUGACACUUCUGACCUGACUCUAUGAAUGAAAGCAAUUGAUUUAAUUCAGGACUCCGUCUUAGACUCAGAAUUUGCACAAGUGCUCAAACUGUAUGCCAAAAACACAUCCUAAGAGAAUAACCUAAUUAGACCGCAAGAAUGUUUAAAAAUAUUAGCUUUCUCUGCACUAGUAAAUUUAGUUUUCAAAUUAAAAUUAUGAAGAUUAAGGCUAUGUUCACACUUGGUGUCUUUUUGGAAGCUGCCUGAAUCUGUUUUACAUUAUAACCCUAUGGAGUAAACAGUGUUUGUCCUGAGCGCUUUUUAAAACGCCACCGCCGGAGUCUUUUCCUGCAGCUCAGAGCAUCUUUUCAAGUUGAAAAAAAGUUAAACUUUUCUGUAAAAAAAUAAAACACUACGUCAAGUGCCUUUUUGACAGCUGACCAAUGACAAGCGAGUGUCAACAACAAAAAAAAGAAAACGAAGAUAGCUGGUGGACAGACAGUACUACUUUCGGAGCACAAAGAGUUGAUAUGAGAACAAAAAAUGAGAACUUAAAUAUGCCGCAAACCGUGCAUUAUCCAACCUGAGCUCCUGGUCUAAAUUGUUGAAACCCCAUACAGUUUCCUUCCCCCGUAUAAUCUCGUGCUCCAACAAACAUCAUUGUGAACCGACAGUACCCUCCCUGUUAACUUCAAAAGUCAACAUUUCUGCAGCACACAGUGUUAGGCUACCAUUGCAGCUGUUGUUAUGACAACAAAAGACGCCGUUGGUUUCUAUUUGUAACCAAAAAUGCUACCAGCUUUUUAUUUUACUAAAAAAAUACUCUUGCCAACUUUUACUUUUCAAAAAAGGUGCCAAGUGUGAACACGCCCCAAGGCAUUUAACAUUUCAGUUGUAUCUCAGCUUUUCUUUAAAAAAAAAAAAACUGCUAAAAUGGCUUUUUUAACAUAUGUAAUGUGUACAGAUUGUAGACAGGAAACCGCCUUUUACUUUUUCUAAAAUACCAUAUCUUUACACAUUUAUAUUUAUGUGCCAUUGUAAAGACUGUAGUCUCUUCUUCACAUCUUGUUUUCAGCAGUGUUAAAUUCAAUGUGGUGUCUAUUGAUGUUCAUUAUGAUGCCAGUUGGGUUUUUUUAACCUUGUGUUGUUACCAAAGUACUUGUAUCUAUCAAGUUCAUCUUACAGUAAAUAAAAGUACCUUGGGUGGAGGAUGGAAUAAGUCGGUUAAUAGAUUUGUAUUAUCAUUAUAUUAUCAAUUGCAUAUUGUGUAAUGAAUUUAGUAGAUGAAGUACUGCUGUAUCUGUCUGUCGAUCAUAGAGUUUAUUAUACAUGUUCAUAAUGCAAGGCUUCUCUUAAAAUAAAGUCCAUAUAAAACAAUCAA